CAGGCGCAACUUGCUGUACAUUAGAAACUGAAAUAUUUGUAUGAAGUGUAGUUCUGACAAUGAUCGCGAAGUUGUUAGUCGUGUUUUGUAUCCUCGUGAAGUCAGCUGUGAGUCAUGGACUGUCAUUCCCACCGCACUUCAAAUUUGGCGUCGCCACAUCAGCAUAUCAGAUUGAAGGAGCAUGGAAUACUAGCGGUAAAGGUGUAAAUAUUUGGGACACUUUCUCCCAUAAAAUGUUGGAUCAAGUUGAGGACCACACGACUGGCGACGUGGCCUGCAACUCCCACGAGCUGUACAAGAGGGACAUUGAUAUGGUGGAGGAAAUGGGCUUACAAUUCUACCGGUUCUCAAUAUCGUGGUCUCGAAUCUUGCCCCAUGGAUUCGCCACGAAAGUAAACAAAGCUGGUGCUAUGUACUACCACAAACUAAUAGACGAAUUACUCAGGCGAGGGAUCGAACCUGUGAUAACCAUGUACCAUUUCGAUUUGCCUCAAAUACUUCAAGAUCACGGUGGCUGGUCGAAUCCACUAAUUGUUGACUGGUUCACGGAUUACGCCCGGGUAUUAUUCUCUUUGUACGCUAAGAAGGUCAAGUCCUGGAUCACGAUCAACGAGCCCCUAAUUCUCUGCGACUUCAACUACAAUACCGGAAUAUUGGCACCCGCUGUCUUGGAGCCAGAACUGGGACCUUAUCUUUGUAACAGACAUAUUCUGUUGGCGCAUGCUAAGGCUUGGAGGCUGUAUGAUGAACACUACAAACCAAGAUAUGGAGGGAAAGUAGGAAUAGCCAAUAACCCAGUGUGGAUAGAGGCAAGUUCUCCUGAGCAUGAAGAAUUGGCUGAACUGGCUCGACAAUUCGGUAUCGGCCGUUAUGCACAUCCUAUAUAUUCCAAAGCUGGCGGAUGGCCUCCGAAGGUAAUAAAAUUGAUGGAGGAGUACGGCAGGAGGAUGGGAUACGCUUCUUCACCUCUACCCCCAUUUAGUGAAGAAGAGAUUAAAUUAAUAAGAGGUACUUACGACUACUUCGGUCUCAACUUCUACACCAGUCGGCAGAUUCGGCCAUCCAGGCCAGGUGAUGAUCUCAGCAAGUGGAUAUUCGGAGGGUCACCAGUCCUCAAUGCUCAGCUAGAAAAUUCAGAAGACUGGCCACCGACUGCUACUGACGAGGUUUCAUUUUAUCCUGCGGGGAUCAGACAUCAGCUCGUCUGGCUACGUCGAACCUAUGGGAACUUAUCGUUUUGGAUAACGGAGAAUGGCAGCGGAAGUAUACAUGAUAUUCACGAUGAAGACCGAAUUGAAUUCAUCAGGGAACAUCUCAAAGAGAUAAGUCACGCUAUCAGAGAAGGUGUUAAUGUGGAGUGCUACACAUUGUGGUCUCUAAUGGACAACUUUGAAUGGGCCCGAGGUUACAGCGUCAAAUAUGGUUUAUACAAAGUGGACUUCAAUGAUCCGGAUAGAAGGCGGAUACCCCGAGAUUCUGCGCGUUUCUACGCUGAUGUGGUAAAGUCCCAUUCAAUCAUGAGUCACCACCACAACCGAAGGAAACCACCUCACCCCCACCAAAGCCCCAAUAGAACCUCACAAGCGUACUUAGAUGUAAGAACUGUUGUAUUGUGUAUUUUUGUUGCUUAUUUAUUAAAUAAGUUGUAAUGUUUAUAUUAUAGUAUAAAACUCGUCAUAUUUAAUAAAUUAUUUGUAAGUCA